AUGUCGAACACUAGCGUCGGAGCUGUCUACCAGCAAAUCAUUAACGAUGUGAUCGACGCAUCGCGGACCGAUUUUGAGGACGGCGGCGUCGAGGAAGGUGUGCUCGAGGAGCUGCGUAAGGGAUGGCAAGAGAAGCUUUCGAGCAUGAAAGUGGCUGCCUUUCCAUGGGAUCCAAAGCCGGAGCCCACACCUGCCGUCACUAACCCGCCGCCUGCUCAAGCACCUGCUCCGCCCGCGAACUCACAAAGCUACACUCAAGCUCAGCUGAGCCCUUCACAAAAUGCGCAAUCCGUGCAACUUCCCGGAACGGCGAACCAGGGUGCUAAUGGCGUCUUCAUCAAGCCCGAGCUGGGCGCUAAGAACGAACCGGUGAUCAAGCAAGAACCUGGCCUUCAGAAUGGCCUUGCGCAACAGGGUGGAGCUGCUGCUAGCAUCCACGCCAUUCAGGGCUUCGGUCAAGGCGGGGCUGUCAAUAAUGGUCAGAGACUACCUCCGCAAGGUGGCGUGCAGCCUGGCCAGCCUCGGCCGCAGUUAACUCCGCAGCAAUAUCAGCAACUCCAGCAGCAACAGCGUCCGCCUAUUGGCCAGAACGGUCUCGCACAGUCCCAAACGGAUGGUGCGGCAGACGGCUUUGAGGGCGUCUUGAUGCAGAAGGACGGCAAUGGUAACUCCAUCGAGCUGGGCCGCGUGGAUAUCGAUGCCAUGCUGCACGAGAAGAUUGCUUCGAGAGCCAAGCAGAUGGAAGGUGGCGGCCUCAUGCUCCCGCUCGUUCAAGCUCAGAAGCACACCUCCCGUGCGCAGAAGAGCACUUCUGGAAUUGCCCAGUUUGAUGGUAUUGAUGAUGAUAUCAAGGAUGAGGAUGCCGAGCAUGAUGAGGAUGCCAUCAACUCCGAUCUGGAUGACCCAGAUGAUGACCAAGAUGACGAUGACGAUGAUGAUGACAAUAUGGGCCACAUCAUGCUCUGCAUGUAUGACAAGGUCCAAAGAGUGAAGAACAAGUGGAAGUGCACCUUGAAGGACGGCGUCUUGACCGUAAACGGCAAGGAGUACGUCUUCCACAAAGCCACUGGAGAAUACGAGUGGUAG